ACGCCAAAAAUAGUGCGCAAAUCGAAUGUCCGUACACCACAAUACUGAAUGAAAUGGCGUCGCCGAAUCACUAGACGCUGAAGUUUUGUUUAAAUCAACGAUAUUGUAGAGCUCCUAAAAUGAGCGAAAUGUCAAGACAUCAAUCUACUGGGAUUCCGCCAUCGAGCGUUGAAACAGAACUGUAUUUUCUCAUCGCGCGGUUUUUAUCGAGUGGACCAUGCAAGCAAGCUGCAGAAGUGCUGUUGCGGGAGCUUGCAGAGCAUGAGUUUUUACCAAAAGGGGUUGAUUGGGAAGGAAAUCCACGCACCAAAACAUACGAAGAGCUGGUAAGGCAAAAUCAUCAUAUCAGAGCAGAUCACCUACUUCAGAUAUGUCAGCGUGUUGGUCCCUUGCUGGACCAGUUGGUUCCCACCAAUAUCUAUGGUGUGCGCUCACUUCUGGGUGCUGGAAACCUUUCUCUGCUGAGAACACUAGAAAGCAUCCGCCACACAAAGUGGCCAUUAGCCAAUCAUAUUGCUGUGCGGCAUGGAGCCUGUCGUGUACCACCACAAAAUCUUCUUGUGCCAUCAUUUGUACAAACUCUGCAUGCUCGUACUGCAAGUGGAGUUGCUGGCAGUUUGACAGUGUCUCUGUACUCAAAGUUAGUCAUGCAUGACCGCAAGCUUGGCCACCUAUCAGCAGUGUACUGUGUGACUUAUGACAGGACUGGCAGAUACAUCUUUACUGGUGCCGAUGAUGCUCUUGUCAAGAUCUGGAAUGCUGACAGUGGACGUCUCCUUGCCACACUGCGUGGGCAUUCUUCUGAAAUCACUGAUUUGGCUGUCAACUAUGAGAACACCCUCCUUGCCUCUAGCAGCUGUGACAAAAUGGUUAGGGUGUGGUGUCUGCGGACAAAGGCCCCACUGGCAGUAUUACAGGGUCAUACUGGUGCCAUCAACACAUUACAGUUUAGCCCACAGUGCAAGGGAGAUAAUAGAAUAUUGCUGUCAGCAGGGGCCGAUGGCUGUGUCUGCUUCUGGAUGUGGAAUGUUGUUACUAACUUAUUCAAUCCUAGGCCCUUGAAGUUUGUGGAGAGAUCCCAUGCUGGUGCUCAAAUGCUGUGCUCCUCCUUCAGUCCUGGUGGCUCUUUUCUGGCCACUGGAAAUUCUGAUCAUGUUAUUAGGGUCUAUCUGCUGAAUUCUGCAAAACCUGAAAAAAUUUGUGAAUUAGAAGCCCAUUCUAACAAAGUUGACAGCAUGUGCUACAGCAACAACUCAAACAGAUUUGUCAGUGGCAGUGAAGAUGGGACAGCCCGUAUUUGGCGAUAUGAAAGGCAGGAGUGGCGAGCUGUUGUACUCGACAUGGCCACAAAAUUAGACAGCAAGGGUUCUGAGGUGGUUGCCAUGGAAGCAAGCACAGCAGCAGCUAUUGCAGCUGGGGUGGACAAACUCCGUGUGACAAUGGUCAGUUGGAACGUAGAUGACUCUCUUGUUGUAACAGCUGUCAGCGACUGCUCUAUCAAAGUGUGGGAUUCCUACACUGGGAAGCUCAUGCAUAUUUUACAGGCACACCAAGAUGAAGUUUUUGUGUUGGAUGCCCAUCCUAAGGACCGCAGGAUUUUGGUCAGCGCUGGUCAUGAUGGGAACAUUGUUGUGUGGGACAUUGUAGCAGGAAUAAAGAUAAAAACUUUCUUCAACAAUAUUCAGGGACAAGGUCAUGGAGCAGUCUACGAUUGCAAAUUCACACCAGAUGGUCAAAGUUUUGCUGCAACAGAUUCACACGGCCAUCUACUUUUCUUUGGUUUUGGCUCAAAUGAGAAGAUAAAGCAGGUGCCCCAAGAGGUGUUUUUCCACACUGACUAUAGGCCGCUGAUCCGGGAUACCAACAACUUUGUCUUAGAUGAGCAGACACAGCAGCCUCCUCAUCUGAUGCCUCCCCCAUUCCUUGUUAACAUUGAUGGAAAUCCAUAUCCCCCACUUUUGCAACGUUUGGUGCCUGGUCGUGAGAACUUAAAAGAUGAACAGCUGAUCCCAGAGAUUGCGAUCAAUGAAGCUGGUGACUCAGAGGUGAUAGGGGAUGGUGACCCAAACCUAGUUCAUGGCCACCAAGCAGAGCCAAAUGAAGCAGGAAAUGCCCCCAUGCAGGCGGUUUCUGGCACACAUCGAGACCACAGCUACCAUGCUGAAGGGAGACGACAGGCUAUGGCUGGUGGUCAUAAUGAUGAAGAAGAAGAUGAGCAUGAUGAUGGCAACUCCAUGAUGGUCAGGGACCGUGCUGAUCGGCCAAGCAUCGAUGACAUGAUUCAGAGGCUUCAGAGAGAGCAAGACCAGAGGAUUUUAGCAGAAGGGGGUGAGCUACCUAUGGCCUCCCCCCCACCUGUGGAACACCAGCAGCAACAGCAGCUACGCCCAAGGCAGCUGCAAGGCCGAGUAGGGAUGAGACGCAGUGGAGAAAGAGAGGGAGUGAGGCAAUCCUUGAACAUGUCCCAGCGCACAUCUUCCAGUGGGGCAGCUGCUUUUAGUAAAAGAGUCAUCAUUAAAGGCAUCAAUCAUGGCGUUUUGAGAAAAUCAGAGGAGAAGCGUCAAGCAUUUGCGGAUGAAGAGAUCAGGAAAUAUAUAGUAGAAAAAAAGAAGAAGCCAUCAGUACCAAAUACACCAUCAACCUUGUUUGGCCAAGUAUCUAAGAGCAAGCACCAGCCCUCAACCAAAGCAGGAUCUUCCAGGCAAGGUCCAGAACAUACAGCGCGGAAUCGCUUGACCACUCGUGCGCUUUAUGACACAGAGGAAGAAGAGGAGGAGGAAGAGAAUGAGUCGGACAAUGUUCCAUCGGAGCAGGACAGUGACACAAGUGAAUACUCUGACUGGACAAUGGAAGGCAGCAGCAACCUACAACCUCCCAAGCGACGUUCACAGCGAAAACCCAAGCAAAAGCAUAUUUCUUCCAGUGAAGAUGAUGCUGAAGAUGACAAUGAAGAGGCUGAUGACUUGGAUGAAGAUGAGGAAGACGAUCAUGAAAAUGAAGCUCUUGAGGCAGCACUAAAGAGGAGUGACCAACAGGCAGAGGCAAAGAAGCGAAUUCAAAAAAGGUUUGCUCCAAACAGCAAACACAAGUCUACAAAGCAGAAGCAAGUAAAUGGGAAAAACUUGCCACAAGUUACAGAGCUUAAGGAGGAGUUUCGUCCUCCAGAGUGGCUGACUGGGACUAUUCCUCGAAAGACACCCUAUGUGCCACAGAUGGGUGAUGAAGUAAUGUACUUCCGACAGGGACAUGAAUUGUACCUGCAGGCUGUGCUGCGCCAUAAUGCUUAUGAGAUCAACCCCAACAUGAACCAACCAUGGCACAAGAUCCCCAAUCUCAGGGAAGUUGAGCUUGUAAAGAUCGUAGGGAUUCGCUAUGAAGUAAAACCACCACGCCUUGUCAGUUUGAAACUUGCAUUUAUCAACCAAGAGACCGGUCGGCUCCUUGGUCGCACCUUUACCAUAAGGUAUCAUGACAUGCCUGAUGUCAUUGAUUUUCUAGUCUUGAGGCAACAUUUUGACAUCUCUUACAGACGCCGAUGGAAGACAGGAGAUCGCUUUCGCUCCAUGAUCGAUGACCAGUGGUGGAUGGGUGUCAUAAAAAGCCAGAGUCCACUACACAUGCAGUUUCCAGAUAGUCCCUUCCAGUGCUUUUAUGUCCACUGGGACAAUGGAGAGUACGAACGACUGAGUCCUUGGGAUAUGGAGCCUAUUAAUGAAAACUUAUUACCUAGCAGCAUAGGGGGAGGAGUACCUGUUGACCCAGAGGAGCUCAAGCGCAUUCUGUACUUGCCAAAGCCUGGAGAAUGGUCAUCAUUUGGCAGGGAGGUUGAGACAGAGCGCAUCCUUCAAUGCUUGGAGGUUGUGAUGAUGCAUUCGGUGGCAGAGCCUUUUAAUGCACCAGUGGACCUCAAUGCUUUUCCUUUGUAUGCAUACAUCAUUGAAUAUCCCAUCGACCUCAGCACCAUCAAGGCCAGAUUGGAGAACGGAUACUAUAGGAGGAUCAGUGCUUUGCAGUGGGAUGUGCGACACAUAGAAAGGAAUGCCAAGAAGUUUAAUGAAGAUGGAACCCCAAUAUCUCGUAGCGCUGCCAUUGUAACAGAAACAAUCCUGCGUGUGAUCAGUGAUACAAACUGUCGUGACCCUAUGCCAAUCCUUGAGAAGUUAAGUCAUGGGCAACAGUUCCACUGGGGAAAUUCUGACACAGAUGAUGAUGAUGAUGAUUCUACAACAGGCAGUUCAAAUAAGCGCAAACGAGUCAGCGAUGAUCAUCGCAACAGCAAACGUACACGAACAGAGAUGCCUGCUGAUGCCAUUGACUGGAGAGACCAGUGUUGGGAGCUGUUAGGCCUCAUGCUGGAAUGUGAAGAUGCAGAGCCUUUCAAAGAGCCAGUGGACCCAGCAGCAUAUCCAAAUUAUCACAAUGUCGUGGAGAAUCCCAUGGACUUUAAAACAGUCGGUCAGCAUUUGGAGAGUGGUGCUUAUGAAUCUCCACUUGCAUUUGCAAAAGAUGUUCGUCUUAUUUUUGCAAACUCUAGGCUUUUCAACACCAACAAAAGAUCAAGGAUAUUUUCAAUGACCCUUCGUCUGUCAGCAAUGUUUGAGGAGCGAGUGAAGAAGACUUUGGGUGGAUGGCGAGUAACAUCAAAAAGUAGCAGACUUACUCACUCAAGUCCCAACAGCAGCCAGUCAUCCCUCCUAGCUGAGAGAGCCAAACAAUUUGCAUCAAGCAGCAGAUGGGUUGAGAGUCAGUCAUCUUCCCGUGACAGCCAGCCAUCUACAUCAGGACUGUCCAAUGGUUCCAAGAUACAGGGCAGCAUCCGAACUUCAUUAGAAGAAAAAAGAAACCGCAAACCUGCACUCCCUCAGAAGAAAAAGACAAAGCCUGUGGUUGAAAGUGAAAGUGAUAAGUCUGAAGAUGAAAACAGCGAUGAAGAAGAAGAGGAAGAGAAGCUUCCUGUGUCUAGACGAGCAAAAAGCAGUCAGUCAGACAAGGAGAAUGUUUGUUAUAAUGAAGAUGAGGACACUGAAAUUGAAGAGGGGAGUGGCAGUGCUUGGAGAUCAAAAGCAAGAAGUCCUGGCAAAAAUGGCUUACGGGGGUCAAAAAGACGUGCUACAGCUGGCAGUAAAGCAAUGAAUGGAGAAGCCAAAUACUGCACCCGAGCCAAGACAGGCUCCCUGAAGCCCAAGCGGUUACACUACCUCUGAUGAGGAGGAAGAGCAAGAUGUGAAAAGGAUGACCAGAAGAGGCACCUCUUUGUCAUCUCUGGACUCUUCCUUGCAGCAUGUAGAGGAAGAAGAUGACAAUUCAGACAGCAGUACAAGCAGCAGCAGUAGUUCUUCCACUGAUGGGGCGUGGAAAAAAAAUACUCGGCAGCACAGGACACGGCAGAGGCAGAAAGCCCAAUCUCGGGGCAAAAAAUCUAACACGCGAUACAAUGCCAAAGAAUCCACAGCUGAGGAAUCUAGCAGUAAUGAGGAGGAAGAUGAAGAGGAAGAAAUGGACGACAACAGCACCAGUGAUUCAGACAGUGAUAGUGACAGUGAGGUUACUUUGCCAAGACAAAAAUCAAAAGCCCAAACUGCUCUUGGCAUUGGUAAAUAUGGCACAAGACAAUCAGGGAAAAGAACCACUAGGAACCAAGGACGACAGACUGUACAUUAUCUGGAAGAUUCAGAGGAAGACUAUGAGGAUGAGUCGUGUGUAACCAUGAGCAGCAGAGGUCGUAUUCGACGAUUGACAAAACGUGCUCGUGCUAAUCUUUUAGGCAACUGACAAGGGAUUGCUCUCAAGGUGAUGGCUUGUGAAAGCUAGUUUUCAGUGCAGGAGUGUCUUGAGUGCCACAGGUGAUGUUCGCAUUUGUGUGAUGGUGUAAAAGCAGUCAUUGAUUUGUGACUGUGACUGGAUUACCAAUGCUUCAUAGGUCUGUAACCUGAACUUCAUAUAUCAGUGUUAACCACCAGUAUUUAGCAUUGUUGGUCAUCAAGGGAUUGACCUGGUUAAGCAUUUAUAUUUGAGGAAAGAACACUUGGAUUUAUGUAUAAGAAUGGAGUGUGCAUCUGUCGCCUUUAUUUACAAAGAGAAGCAGUUGUUUCCUCUGAUGUCAACUGUAGAGUUUAAGUGUGCAUACUUGCUAUUUCAGUUUGCACCCAUCACUUUCUGAAUUUAAAUUGAGAAUCCCUCAGUUGCAUGUUUCUUAUCCAAGCAAUCAUCCUAGACGCCAUGGUGAUUCUUUAUCUAGUAGAAUUGUUUCUUGCUGGAAGAGUAUUGUUGAGAAAAAAGCCAGAGUUACUAAAUUCUGCCUUUGAGCAGUAGAGCAUAAAGUGUAAUUAAUUAAAGCUGGUUUAUUGUCAUCCUUUGCCAUAAUAGCAUCAUUCAUGGGAUCUUAGUAUGAAACCUGUCAAUGAUGCCAAUACUUUGUUGAUGAGGCAGCAUCGUGUUCUCCCAAAAUCUUCCCUGUUGAUGAGGUAGGUAUGUGAGAGGACUUUGUAAGGUGCAGCAGGUAACUAUGUAGGAAAGAUGCAGAGCAAAUGAGAGUGUGAGAGAAGUGCAUGCUGGCUGAUCAGAUGUUACAUGGUAACAGCCUCAGAGGCAGCAGGUGUUUAUUUUGUACAGAGUUUGUUUUUUCUUGGCAUGAAUCCCACCCUGGAUGUUAAGCUUUGCAUAUGCAAUGACUAGAUUGUUGUCAGCCCCCUUUCCCCCUCCAACCUUACUUUUAGUUGUUUCUUCUUCUGUUGCUAAAAUAUCUAGUGAGCUGUGCAGCCAUUGCCUUUACUUGCCAUUUGCAUAAAGAUUAAAACAUGACUGUCCACUCUGCAAUCCUGGUGAAGUUUCUAAAAACUCAAUUAUUUGUGCAUGCUUAAUUGCGGACAUGGCAGUCUUACUAAAAUUCAGGUCUUGCUGUUUUUAAAAGUGUAAAGGAGCUUAAGAGUUUAUUUCCUUCUCUUCACUAGCGAAGGAGGGGCUUACAGCAGUCUUUCUGCCUCAUGCAGACUUAUUUUAGUGUCUUCCAAAUCUUUGGCACAUGGCUUUACAUGGAUAUUUUGUAGUUGGUAAAGUAGUAGAGUCAAGGUCAGGGUAUAGACCAGGAAUGUCCAACCUAAGCAGACACAAUAUAAUUUCAGUUUUAACAUCAUGAUUCUGGCAAAACCACCAUGUUCUGGCCUGCAAGAUUUAAACCAUGUUCAGUCCGGCCCUCGGGUGAGAAAAGGUUAGGCAUCACUGGUAUAGACUAGCAAAUUCUUUUGAUGUCAAUUUUCGACUUGCAAAAUCAGUUAAAAUUUGCUUAAACUGCCUGACUAUACCACUCUUUUUACUGCUCACCUCUUCCUAGAAAGUGACAAAACAAUGUGGAUAAAAAAAUAUUAAUGUUACAGAACACUUGCACAGUUUCCAUAGAAGGAAGUGUGGGGUCUGCUUUCACAAAUAUUUCAUGCAAAGCUGCUAAGGUGCUACUCUAAUGUAAAGUCUGUGUGUGCACUUCAGGACAAAUAUGUGCAUGUGAAAAGUGGGUAGAAGAGUUUCUCCUUAACAUAAAGCAAAAGUGUGUUUUUUGUGCAAACGUGGCCUUCUUUCAUGUCAGAAAACUUUCUUUUUAAUGCAAUAAUGUUUCUUUCAUUCAUACUCAAAUGUCUGUAAUUUGUAACGAGAGAUAUGAAGAUCUUGGGAAUUUGUUUAUUCUGCAUUAUCUUCUGUGUAAGAAUGGCUAUAAGAAUUUUUUAAUGAUAAAAUUCGAUACAAAUGUAUGAAUGAUAUUGUAUGCAUUGCACAUAUUAUAUGAUUGGUUUUACUAUAGAGUUAUCACAGGGGAUUUUGCUCACAAGUUUGACCCAUGAUGGGAAUGACUUUUCCGUCCAAGUCUUUACAUGUUUCAAUCAUGCAUUCAUUUCUUUUUUCUACCAUAGGUAUAUGAGAUUUGUGUUUUCAAUGGUAGAGCACAUAAAAUAAGAAUGGAAUAUUUAUCUAUUCAUUUUUGGAUUGAGAUUCUUAGUAUUUAACUUGACUAUAAUAGAUGGAAAAUUGUGUAAAUCUUGAGAACAUCUUACAAAGCUAUAUUAGCCUUGUGCAUGUUCUUUACCACUAACUCUUUUGGCCCACUCGGCAAGAGGUCACUUCCCUUGCCCCUACUUAAAACUCCUCUUUAAAUGACUACAGUUUUAAGUACAGUUUUUGCUUUUCCAUCAUCUGGCUGUGUGGUCAACAUUUAUUUGGAAAUCUAAACAUGCAUUCUUCGUAGGUGAAUUAUAUCCUCACACUCCAAGAUAUGCCAGGCCUAUUGCUUUGCAGCCUUGGGCACUGACCACUGCCAUAAUCCCCUUCAUUUAAUUAGGAAAAACACUUAAACCUUUUAAAAUGUUGCAUGAAUGAAUGUAAUUGUACUAGUGUUCUAAUAAAGUUUGAAGAAACUUCUUGGGAAUGGCCACAUAAUUGGUUAAAAAAAUAAUCAAUGGAUCCUAAAACUUUAAAGAUGCUUUUUUUUUUAUAAGUUUUCUUGUUAAAGAUUAUAUUUCUAGAGUGUACAGUAGCAUUCUUCUGUGAAGAUUCAUUUUUGGGUAACCAUCUACAUAUUGGUGUAUAAAGAGAUAUUUCUGUACAAUUUAUAAAUACUUAAUACAUUCAGACUUGACUAAAGGAUCACACUGAUAGUGUAACGGAUUGGAUGUUCUAAAUUCCAGUUCAGAUUAAGAAAAAAAAAAAGUGGCAGGUUUGCCAGAGAACAGAGCAGUUAAAUUGUUUGAAUUACUGUCAGCAGGGAUGCAGUUUAAAGGGAGGGGAGACUUAGCUCCAAGAGACAUGACAUAGAUAUUUUCACACAGGUUAUUAUUGCAGGUAAACAAGUUCACAAUAAUUUUAUGAUGACUUGAUUAUGGUAUUCAUGUCAAAUUUGAGUAAGCAGGAAAACUGAAGACCAAUGAGGCAAGUGAAGAGUUAAACUGAUUUACAUAGAAACAGAUAAAUUAAACCUCUACCUAGAGGUACGAAUUGGUGUCACUAUUUUGCAUUGUAACCAUUCAAAGGGUUUGUAUGUAUUAGCUUGUUUUAUUAUUAGUUUCAGGAAGGAAAUAAUGUGAAUUUGCAAAUGCAGUUGCAAGAGGUUUAAAACCAAAGGUGAAGCAGUUGUGAGAGGUGGUUUGCAUUCUCUAAAGAUUUUUCAAUCACCUUUUUUUUCCUCCCUAAAAUCUGUCUUGGGUAUUGAUCAUGAAAUCUUUUGCAUACUUUAGUUUCGUGUUCUUGCAUACAUGUAUAUAACUGAUGACUGAGCAUUUUCAGAUUACCUGGACUGCUGAGCAAGUUAACAUUGUUUAACAAAAGUAUUUCUUUUCCUCCCCCACAUUCCACAUUUGUAUUAAAUAUUUUCCUGGCUAAAUACAGAAAGUGAUCUUGAAGUAAAGGAAAACAGUG